CUCAAACAGUAUCAAACAUCUCUCGAUAUCCAACUCAAAUCGACUGAAAUCAGUAUCUGGUGGACAGCGACCAGCGCAUCGUCUCUGGUGUACCAUCAGAGCUCACAACAUUAACAAGUCCAGAGGAGUAGAAAAUAGGAAAUGGACUCGAAAGACUCGAAAAAACUCGGACGAUGGUACUUUGGUGGUGUUGCUUCAGCUGGAGCCGCUUGUGUUACUCAUCCAUUAGAUUUAUUAAAGGUUCAACUGCAAACGCAGCAAGAGGGCAAAGUGUCAAUUGUCAAGCACACAUUGAAAAUUAUAAAGAAACAGGGAUUUUUAGCACUUUACAAUGGCCUCAGUGCUUCCUUACUGCGUCAGGGGACGUAUUCCACCACGAGAUUUGCAGUUUAUGAGGUGGUGAAACAAGGAAUUGAAACCCCUGGGGAGCCUCUGCCAUUUUAUAAAAAAUUACUGAUCGCUGGAUCAGCCGGGGCUAUGGGAGGAGUUUUUGGAACACCUGGGGAUCUCAUUAACGUCAGAAUGCAGAAUGAUAUUAAAUUGCCGCCUGAUCAAAGGAGAAAUUAUAAACAUGCGUUGGAUGGAUUAAUAAGGGUGAGCAGGGAGGAGGGGGUGAUGAAAUUAUUUAACGGCUGCUCGACCGCCACUGGUCGAGCCAUUCUCAUGACUAUAGGACAAUUGAGCUUCUACGAUCAAAUUAAACAGCAUCUUCUGCAGUCGGGGAAGUUUGAAGAUAAUCUAGGAACGCAUUUUAUUGCGAGUCUCUCAGCUGGUGCCAUUGCUACGACUCUCACUCAACCUCUGGAUGUUCUUAAAACUCGUGCGAUGAAUGCAAAACCGGGUGAAUUCAAAAAUAUCGGACAGUUAAUUGUGUACACUGCGAAACUCGGGCCCUUGGGCUUUUUCAAGGGGUACAUACCAGCAUUCGUCAGACUGGCUCCACACACAAUCCUGACGUUCGUAUUCCUGGAGCAACUUCGAAUAACCUUCGGGUACACCCCGACCGACAAAAAAAUUUGAACCCAAGCCCUCGAUGAUCCAGACUCAAUCCACCACGUAAACGAUUGCUUCCAGAAUCCUCGUGCGUUCGUAAGAAUAACGAAUCAUUCCGUCAAUGCAGUUUUUCAAGGUCCAAAAAUAAAAAUAUCCGUAACAAAGCAGUGCAUGCGAUUCCAGACGUAUUUUUUUAAACAAAAGAAUAAUAAUAUAUGCGGACAUAUGACUCCUUUUAUAAACAUUCCACGAGACUAUAUUUUCUUAUCUAUAUGCUGGCAUAUAUUGCUAUUGAUAUCGAUGUACACAAAAAUUCCUGAAAUUCCCAAUGUCCAAUGAAACGCACAGAGCGAGGUAUUAUUUUUUAUAAUUAAAAUAAUGAUUUUGAUAAUUCAUUAUUUGAAAUAUCAUUAAAAAAUUCCAGUGUAUUGAUGAAAAUGUUGAGAAAAUAAAAAUUUAUUUAUUCCGAUGAAAAAUAGGGGAGUAAAUAUUCGGACAGCAGGUUAAUGGAGUCAAAUCUAUAUUGUGUAAUAGUUAAUAGCCAUGUGUUAUCAUAUCGCUGGAUAAUUAUUUAAAUAAAUGGACGUAAAGUAUUUUAAUGAAACGAUUGAAUCUAUGAAAUCCAUAUUUUUUAUAUUUCUGUUAUGGGCUUCACUACAAAAUUUUGGGUAAUUCUUUCAUUCACUAAUUGACUAAUCAAUAUUAUUGACAAACUAGUGGAUAUUAUUAUCUAUGUAUAAGGCGUAUCAAAACGUGUAAUUAAGUUGUAUCUAGACGAUUAUCACAAAUUUGCAGGAUAAAAUGUGAUAAUUAACUCCAAAUUAAUAUAAAGAAAGAUUAUGUAAUUUUCGUAAUGAAUUAUUAUCGUUUAUGUACAACACUAUAUUAUGACUCGAUUGUGCUUUAAUUAUUUGAAAAUAUCGCCGAGACAUAUGAUAGACACUGAUUAGAACUUCAGAGAGAACUCUCAA